AUCAGCGGCCCCAUUUGCCGGCGGAGCCACCUCCUUCCUCCGUCCUCUUUCAUCUCAACUUACUGUUUCUGAAAUUGUUCCAAUGAGAUCGGCGACAUUUCUCUGUUGCCCCUACUUCUUGCUUCCUGUUCAUGGCUUCAGCUCUUCCACAUCCAAGAACUCCAUUAAAUUUAAGCCCACUUUCUUCAAUUCGCGAGCUAAACCGGCCCGAUUGGUUGUAUUUUGUUGUCGGGAUUCAGAGAAAUCUGUUCGGAAUGAGCAGUCUGUGGGGAUUGACGAUUCGAAUCGGGCUUUGAUGGAGAAGAACAUAGAGCGAAUGCAAUGGAAUGAGGAAGUGGGUUGCCCUAGUGUUGGAUUUCAGCCUCUCGCGAAAUUGAGCUUGAGCGACAAGGCUUCUCUUCUCUUGACAUUCAUUGCCCUAACGGCUUCUGUGGCAUUUACAAGCCUUGUCAUUGCGGCUGUGCCAACGCUUAAUGCGAUGCGCAGAGCUGCCAUUUCACUUUCAAAACUAGCUGACACAGCUCGGGAAGAACUUCCUGGUACGAUGGCUGCCAUUAGACUUUCUGGCAUGGAGAUCAGUGAUCUGACUCUUGAACUUAGCGAUCUAAGCCAGGAGAUAGCAGAUGGGGUAAACAAAUCAGCUCAGGCUGUCCAAGCAGCAGAAGCUGGAAUUCGUCAGAUCAGUGCAGUUGCCCACCAAAAAACUAUGUCAAUGAUUCAAGAGAGAGCAGACCUGCCCGUUAUUUCUUUGCAGCCUGUUGUUGCUGGAGCUGCAAAGAAGACUUCUCGUGCCGUAGGCAAAGCUACACGAACCAUCAUGAAAAUGAUCUCCGGAGGGGAAAGUAUGGAGAAUGAUGAUGAUAAUAGUUUAGAUAGACUGGAAGUUUGAGUUUGCUGGUUCCUUGCUUGAAAUCGAUUUAAUGGUGUAAAUAUCACACAAGCGUUUAUCCUGUACUUGUCGCUUGUCGAUACGAAGACCCGAAAUGCAUCUUCAGACACUCAAAAGUUGGGAAAUCUUCAAAUAAUGACAUUAAUCAGCUCUAUUUUCACCCCAUCCCACCGAGGUGUUGAAAGGUUUCUUCGGACAAAACGAAGAUCAUUCGAAUUGUAUACUGCUCGAGCCAUUGAAAAGAAACGUUCGGAAAAGUAAUGACUAAGAUACAAUGCACUUUAAUGCUUCCCUUUGCAUCCCCAAAAUGUAGCAUUGAUUGUUCAAGAAAUUUGCAGGAAGAGCCACCUUGAAUGUUCACGAGGUAGAUGAUACCAGCUUGUUGAGGUCGUCACAAUGUAGCUGAUAGUUUUUCACCGUUGAUGUAUGAAUGGAAAUAUCUUAAAUUUAUAGCUCAUGGUUAUUAGGGGACA